AUGUCCGGUCAGGUGGGUGCGGGCGGAGGCGACGACUCCGUCGCCGAUGACGCGGCGUCGGAAUCAGCCUCCCAAAAGCUGAGAGCUGAGCUAACGCUACGCUCGAUGAUGCUUCAGAAGGGUGGAGUUAGCCGUUAUUGUGCUUGCGACCCGAGCACAGAAACAGUUAUCACAACCUUGUAUGACACUGGAGAGUCAUCGCUCGGCGCCGGUAAUGAGAUGCAGAUAGCUGGGGAGGAUAUAGAUUGUACCUUAGGUACAUCGGCUUGUAACGAUGUUGUAAUAGUGCGAAAUCAUGAACGAUAUCAUAGCGAAGCAGCUGCACCUGCAAUCUUCACGUUUUUCCAAGAGGAUGGCACACCCAUCCGUUAUGUGUACGACUUUGUAUUCCAGGCGCCUACAGGGGAUAAGAUGGUACCACUUGAUCAAUUGGGCAGAAACUUCAGCAGUUUAUGGCUUCUUGGGAAAUUGAAGCUUGUGGCUACUGUCCAUGAUGCAGAGCAAUUCAAAUCGUGGAUGAAUCAAUCGAGCCCUGGAUCCACGUCCAACGAAUGCUCGCGACUACGAUUGCAAAGGAAACACAAAGCCGUCUGUGUAAAGGUAAAAAUCGUAGAUUUUUUCGUAGAUCAUGGGUGGGAACCUACCGAUAUCCCUGCAAUUUACGCCGUCAGUGAGCAUGAUAUAUACUACCGUUUAGAUAAAGCGGCGUCUCGAUAUACUACUAACUUCACUUCAUUCUUGCUCCUAUACGAUCUUUCAACUCGUGUAGCAAAAACAUUCCAAGAAGAUCGCAAUCGCAGGCUGGCUUCAAUACUUGCAGAUGUUACUUCGGCAGACCGAUCUGCCCUAACAACCUGGGGAGAGCCUAUGCACCUACCAGGUAUAUCAGCAUCAGAAGCUUCUAGUAUUAUCGAGAUAAUAUACAGCGAAUGUCUUUAUCAGCAUCUGUUCCACCAUCCAUCGAAUUACCUUUUUGGAGACCUUGACUUUAUGAAUGAUGCAGAAGUGCAAAAACCAGAAGGGUUCGCCCAAAACGAUAUGAAGCUUAUGGACAAUCCCGUUGAAUACGGUGAUAUAGAAAAGGACGCAUACAGUUUGGGCGAUGAUGCCAUUAAUGGCAAUAUCCAUGCUAUGAACGACUUCAGGGAUCCGAACAGCUACGACGAACGGGGGAAUUCUCCCAUGGGUGUUGAUGACAGCAAAUAUAAACAGAUUGGCACCCUCUUAUACGACAUUUUGAAGGCAAUGCGAGAGCAUCGCCCUUUAUUUUUCUUCGACGAGGGUUUUGUCUUACCUGACUACUUGAAGUGUGCUAAUCUAGCUGAAAAAUACGAAGACGCAUUUGUUCUCCCACCACCUUCCGCAGAGGACGCAAUGCAAAACUGCGCGUGGACCAUGGAUAGCAUGGGAGAUGGUCAAAACGCAAUGCCCCCUAAUGGGUGGACCACACAUCCCAAUGGGUCAAGGGGUGGCAAGUCCGCCAAAACACAAAAAUCAAGACAAACUAACAAACCACAUAAGUCAUCAAAGGCCGCGAAUGUAGUUGGGGUUGAAACAGCCCUUCCACCGCCAGGACCUAUAGAAAUUAAGAGUAAGGUUUCUGGAAGAAUUAUUAAGCGCAACUCUAAGCUUACCGAUGUCCCUGAUAGGGUGAGGUCAGCGGUAGAUGAGUCCGCUUUGUCUGCAAAACGUGCUUGUACUGGUCCUGCAGUGGAUGAGGCAUUGCAACGCAAACAACAGAUGCUGGUUGAAACGGAGCGCAUGUGCAAUGGCCUAGCCCUGCCCGAUGAUUUCGAAUACAGUAGCUACAACACUACUAGCGAACUGUCGGGAGAUGAGACGUCUCACGAGCCUAUAGCACUGCUUAACGACUGCCAUGUAGACCUGAAAGAUGCCAGAUACUAUUCAAGAGACAUACCAUUACGAACUCUACGUUUCUAUGGAGCUGAUGAUAUUUUAGAUAUAGCGACGGUAUGUCGUCAGUUUUCCGCGAAUCCAUCGGGCCUCGAUCCCCUGCUGCCCAGAUUUUCCUUCAACGAGUUGGAGCGCUGCCUAUUAUACACUACGAGUGUUGACACUUUUAAACCACUUGAGCCAUCUACCUUCAUUUUCAAGACACCUCAAUGUCUCUGUAAUUUCUUCGGAAAGUACACUGACUGGUUUUCCAAGUUGGGAGAGACUAAGCAAAAGAUGGACGAUUUGUACUUGGGGCUUAUGCGUUGCCUUGUGGAAUAUAGCCGUGUCGAUAGUUUCGAAUAUCGCCUGAAAAUCAUACGUGAUGCUUGCGAUCUCACCGGUAGGAAGCGGGAUGUGCAAGAGCGCGAGAUCAAGGCUGGGCAGCCUGACACCGAAACACUCUUGUACUUUUUGGCCACCCAUGGCGGUUGUCUAUACCGUGGCAGAUAUAGGAAUGUUCCUCCAGAGUCAGAUGUCCAAAUACCCUAUAUCAAUUCAGUGAGAUGGAACAAGCGAUUUAAGCGCGUCGAACGACUUUUGGCAGCAAGCAAAUCUCACAAGUAUACACCUAUUGGCUUUGAGUACAUGCCAGAUGGUAUAAUGGUAACCGUGGAUUCACGUCUCGAAGGUGUACCUUUAGAUGUGCUGAUGAACGGUCGGCAUCAUGGACAGGGGUACCGAGUCGUGUACCCGUCAAAUGUCUUUGAAGUUUUGCCGACGUAUAGUAAAAAGUUCCAAGUAUGGCAGGCAGAAGCUGUCCCAGAAGUUCGAGAGCCUUCGGGUGUAAUCGAGAAGUUGAACUCGCGCCUCAGUGAUCUUUCCCUAUCGGUGUUUGCUGUGGAAAGAUUGCCCCAGGUUGGAGCACACCCAGUUAUGGGUUCUGGUUUCCGUGAACCAUUCAACCUAUUGAAUGUGGAUACGGUGAUGCGCCCCGAAAUGUUAACAGUGUUCAACUGGUCAUGCAUCCUCCGGAUCUACCUCUUCUAUGCAUUCUACACGUGUCGGCACAAAUACAUGUUCAAGCUGAACUCUGUAGUUUGGGGUGAAGCUCCGUCUGCCGCUAUGACGUCAAUGGACGACGACGAUGAUGAAGAGGACGAGUAUCAGGUGGACAAACCUGAAAAGGGUAGUUUCAAGCCCACUCCCUCAGGUGGCGAUGAGGAGGAAGAAGAGGAAGAGGAUGAAGAGGGUGAGGAGGAAGAGAACGAGGGAGAGGAAGUUGAUGGAGAAGGUGACGAGGCGGCUCGUGUUGGACGAAGAAGAGGAUGGGGUGUGAAUAGAUAUUCGCCAUAUUACGAGUUUGAAAUCGACUGGUACCCAGAUAUGGAACGUGUGAGCCACUUAUUCCAGGGCUCGAUAUCACCUGAAGCUGUAAAGGUGGUAAUGGAGAAACUGCGCGUUGCAAGUUUCUUCGAGCUUGAAAUUAAAGAUCGACUUACUCUACUUAGAUGGCUUGGUGAAUUACUAACUUACCAGCCGUAUUCUAAAAGGUUUAUCGAUCAGCGUAAUGACGAGUUCUUCUUACUGAAGACUUCAUUAACUAAAAAUGAGUCCAGUCAGGCUUCUAAUGUGGCCACUACAGCUGAAGGUCAAUCUGAAACUACGGAGAAAUCGGCCGAAGAUGAGAAGGCUGUUCCGUCCAACGGUGAAGUAGCUCUUGUGAAGUCUGAACAGGAAGAUAAUGCUGCGAGUUCCACGGAACAAGAACUGAAAACAGUUGAUAAUACAAGUGACCAUAUGGAUAUCGACUUGAAAACAGAACCUGAGGACAAUGUUAAAGGUGAACUAGCUUCUGAUCCCGAAGGAACGGACACUGCUGGAGUUGAUGCCAUGGCAGUGGACCUUAAGAUCGAACCAUCGGAAAAUCUAGUUGCAACCGCUAAAGCUUCGGUAGAAGUUAAAUCUGAACUUGUUUCGAAGAAUAGUGACGAUGCUAUGAGCGUUGAUCCAGCGGCGUCGAAUGGUCAUUCGUCACAAUCCGCCAUGAACGCCGAUGGCACUAAACGUAAAAAGCCAAAGGAGAUUAUGCGAGAUUUGGCAGAACUUGAAGAGCGUUAUUUGCAGAGAAAUGUCCAUCUAGGUCGCGACCGUUUCUAUAACGAUUACUAUUACUUCGGUCCUGAGCUAGGAUGUCGUAUCUAUGUACGAACUCUGCCAGCUGCAAGAUUCACAGCACAAAGAGCAUCUCUGCGUACUAAACUGUUACGAAACCCAUCAUUUGGGUCUGAGAGGUUUAGAUUCGAUAUUACUAAAUAUGCUAAACGUCUUGAGGAAGACCGUAUCUUUGGUUCAGAAAGCAAACGCGGUAGAUAUAAACGUGCGGGUGCCAAGAAGAGUGACACUGAAUCACAAGAAGUGGAGCCACAGUUACCCAAGAAGGAGCGUGCUACGCCUGAGACAGCUGUAGAUGUCAAUGAUCCGAACGCUAUGCUUGUUUCUAAAGAGGAAUUGGCGAUGCAACUUGUGAAACGCAAGAAACAAAAAGGCCGUAGGCCCCGAAUGAUUAAACCGCGUUUACGUAGGAGCCGUGAAUUCUUCGAUCGUCAUCCUACCAAGUUCGAUACUGUACAGGAGUAUCUGAAUUACUUAGUUAGCGUCCCACCACGUUUGUGCUGGGCCGUGAUAGAUAACCCGCGCAAAAUACGCAUGUUCAUCGACCGUCUAUCCACAAUGACAACGAACGAACGUGCAUUGCAAGCCAAGCUGAUGCAAUUAGAGCCGGAACUUAAGGCAUUGUACAACAUGAAACUUCAAGACGAGGAAUGUUGGAGAGCACCCACUACAUAUGGACAGCUACUGACGUCAUUCGCUUGCGGUGUGCAAUCAUACAGUUCUACUAUUCGCAAUAUGGUAAAUAGCUCCAUUAUCCGUUACAGUUUAUUGGCUGGGUCAUCUCCUAAUUCCACUGUGGAUGCUGUAACGACCAAAGAGGCUGACCAAGAUCUAUCGAACUCUUCUUCAGAUGUUGUUAUGACGGAUGGAGCUCAACCAGAUACCGUCUCGUCAUCCAACGUUAAAACUAGUCUUUCUGAUAUUGUCAGCUGGAACGAUCGUUUACUACAGUUUAUCGAGAACAGUAGCCAGCGUGCUUUGACUGGCUGUUGUGGUGACUUAUCGACAGUAGCGUCUGCAGUUAUGUCUAUGAUCGAGCUAGUGUUACUCUGCGAAUCUUUAGUCUCCAACUACUGCGAUUGGCUACACUGGACAUCUUUACGUUCUGAAUGGCAGGGUCACAUUGAUGCAUUGUACCUUGAGGUACAAACUUUGAACCCUGCAGCAAGCAAUACUGCGUCAACGACGGUUAUCCCUGAAAAGUGUGAAUGUACCGUUCGUAAUGGUACUGUGGCGCUAAGCGCACAGGAGAAAUUACUUUUGCACGUUAUUGAGGAACUAGGACUAUGGUACCAGUAUGUGCAUGUGUCCCACCAGGAUCGUAUUGAACUAUUCACUCGCUACAGGAUGAACUUCAUUUCUCUCAAGGAUAUUGAGCAACCUACAUUGCUUUGUGAUUAUCUAUCACACCUCGAACAAGGAUCGUUGGUCUACAUGUUCGGCGGUUACAAAGAAUGGCUAUUGUCUCUCAGCGAGAAUACCACUUUCCCGAGAGAUUUGCUAAUCGAGAUGAUUCGCGAAUAUGGCAAUGCUAACUUAAAUGCAGGUGAAGCUGCACUAUUAAGAGCUUUGCCGACCAUGGAUCCUCUAGUGCCGACAGAAACACUCGAGGCGUACGUGGAAUCUGCAUGGUUCUUCGAAGUGCCAGGUUACGGAAGAUUGGCAAGACUGGCACUACGCAGCGUGGGCUACGGUGAAUAUGACGCAGAGAAGCAUGAGUCAAUAGUUACAGCCACCGAAGGAUUAUUCGUACCGUACCUGCAGAACGUGGUCGCAUCAUUAGCGGCACACGACCGCACUCGCCAAAACAAGAGGUCACCAGACGAUGUGGAGUACGUAUUGCGUGGCACUUCCCACGAAUCCCAACGAUUCAUAGUAUACGCUCCUCUCGAUACUAUAGAGCGCGAAUCUGAGUUCUUGCUACCAUUGCCAUUUAUGGCCGAGAAUAUGCAACAGAUCUGGAGGCAGUCUAUGCGUUGUACAUGGAACGGUCGUCAAGCUCACGUACGCCGGAUGUCCUACGCUGCCGCUGACCUUUGGCGUGUUAUGCAAGUUGAUGCAGGGGGUAACAGAGAAAUGGUCAACCUCUGGGAGGUUUCUUCAGUUCAAACGUCCGUAAACGGGAACUAA